AUGAUUGGCUUUCGUAACCAAUACAGGGAGUACUGGGCUUCCACAAGCAGUCACACAAAGAAUGGCCGCCCGGUGGAUGCCGUGAUUCUCCCGGUGUCACCAUAUGCAGGUUUCAAACCAGGCAAGUUUGACUAUUCUGCAUACACUAGUAUCGUAAAUAUUCUCGGCUAUUCCAGCGCCGUCGUCCAGGUGACGUUUGGGGACAAAAGCGUUGAUGUGGUGAAAGACGACUACAAGCCACUUGGCGAAAGGGACAAACUCAACAUGGAUACUUACGACGCGGAUGCAAGCGAUGGCGUUCCCGCUGCCAUCCAGAUCCUCGGACGCGAUCUCGAAGAGGAAAAAAUUCUCUCCAUUGCUCAAAUUGUUGCAGACGCGAUAACAGAGUACCAAGCCAAGCAGGCGUAG